CGCGCUCACACGGCGCCGCGAUCGCAGCGGCGGCCCCGGCCCGCGGCAGCCCCGGGCGCUGUCCGCGGUGCUGAACCCGCGGCGCCAGCCGGGCGCUGUCCGCGGUGCUGAGCGGCGCGGCGCGGGGCGCUGUCCGCGGUGCUGAGCCGCCGCGGCGGAGCCGGAGCUGUCCGCGGUGCUGAGCCGCCGCCGCGGGGCUGCGCCUCCCCGCCCGCCCGCGCCCCCGCCCGCUGCCCCGGGAGCUCCCCGCCGCCCGCCCCGCCGGUCCAUGCCCCAUCGCGGCGGGGCUGCGCCGGUGCCCAGCGCUCCGGGCGCCGCCGGGCGCGGCCUCGCGGAGACGGAGACGGCGACGGCGGCGGUGGCUGCGGGCGGCUCCGGACCGGAGCUGGGCGGCCGCGCCCGCCGCACAAAGCCGUAGGCUCGGUUCAACACCCGCCGCCCCCCCGCCACCCACCCCCCCCAACCCCCACCGGGGGGGGCCCUUUGUGGCGGCGGGGCCGGGCCCGGGCCCCGGGAGGAACCAUGCCCAGGUCGUUCCUGGUGAAGAAGGUGAAGAUCGAUGACUUCCCCGCCGGCCUCGACGCCCCGUACGGCAGGACCCGGGCGGAUUUCGGCUCCCGGUUACACGACAAGGCAGGGUACAUCAGUGAGUACAUGGCGCCGUCGGUGUACGAGGGGGACGGCGAGGCUGCGCUCAAGGUGCCGUCGCCGGAUGCCAUCUACCCCGGCACCCGGGGGGACUACGGGGCGGGGGACUCGGAGCCGCCCGACAGCCCCCACUCGGGAAUGGCGGGGGGUUACAUCAAUGGCGACGCGGCAGUGAGCGAAGGCUACGCCGUCGAUGCUUUCUUCAUCACCGACGGGAGGUCACGGCGUAAAGCGGUGAGCGGGACGCGGAACCUGCAACGCCAUACCUGUGGGGAGUGCGGCAAAACCUAUGCCACCUCCUCCAACCUCAGCCGGCACAAACAAACCCACCGCAGCCUGGACAGCAAGAUGGCCAAGAAAUGUCCCACCUGCGGCAAGGUCUAUGUCUCCAUGCCAGCCAUGGCCAUGCAUCUGUUGACCCACGACCUCAAACACAAAUGCGAGGUGUGUGGGAAAGCCUUCAGCCGACCCUGGUUGCUGCAGGGUCACAUGCGGUCGCACACCGGGGAGAAACCCUUCGGCUGCGCCCACUGCGGCAAGGCCUUCGCCGACCGCUCCAACCUGCGCGCCCACAUGCAGACCCACUCCGCCUUCAAGCACUUCAAGUGCAAGCGCUGCAGCAAGACCUUCGCCCUCAAGUCCUAUCUCAACAAGCACUAUGAGUCCGCCUGCUUCAAGGGAGCCGGACCCCCCCUCAGCCCCCUCCACGCCUGAUGGGGUGCCCACCCACCCCCCAAAAAUAAUUUCCUCCCUGCCAUUGGUGCACUCGCACGCAGCUCCCCCCUACCCACCUCUCCCUGCGUACUUGGGGUGGCCCUGGGUCUGCUGGCUGCACCCGGGCACGGGGAGCAUGCCCAGGGUGACACCCCCCCCCCCCCGACGCCCCCCAGCCUUGCAUGGGUGCCCUCAGCUUGGGGUGCACCCCAAGAUCAAAGGGACACCCCCCACCUUCCUUGCACGGGUGUCCCAAUCCUGGGGUGGACCCCGAGAUCAGGGUGAUACCCCCUCCCUUUCUUUGCAUGGGUGCCCCAGCCAGGUGACCCUCCUCCUUUUUGCAUGGGUGCCCCAGCCUUGUAGUGCACCCCAAGAUCAGGGUGACACCCCCCCAUCCUUGCAUGGGUGCCCCAGCUCUGUGCUGCACCCCAAGAUCAGGGUGAUACCCCCCCUUCUUGCAUGGGUGCCCCAGCCUUGUAGUGCACCCCAAGAUUAGGGUGACCCCCCCUUCUUGCAUGGGUGCCUGGGUCCUAUGGUGCACCCCAAGGUCAGGGUGGCCCCCCCUCCCAUGCACGGAUACCCCAGCCUCAUGCCAUAGCUCAGUCCAGGGCCCCCCCUUUGCAUGGGUACCCCGGCCUUGUGCCGUACCCCAAGAUCAGGUUGACCGCCCCCUUUGCAUGGGUGCCCCAGCCCUGCACCCUAACCCCACCCCGGGGUCACCCCCCCCCUUCUUUGCAUGGGUGCUUUAGCUCUGGGCUGCACCCCAAGAUUGGGGUGACCCCCCCAGCUCUGGGCUGCACCCCAAGACAGGGGUGAUGCCCCCAUCUUUGCACGGGUACCCCGGCCUUGUGCCGUACCCCAACCCAGGGGUCACCUCCCCCUUGCGUGGGUGCCCCAGCCGUGUGCUGUACUCCAAGACCAGGGUGGCCCCACCUCCCUCGCAGGGGUAUCCACCCCCGGCAAUAAGCUUCCCCCCCCCCCCCCCCCCAUGGCACAGCGAUGCCUGGGGGUACCCCGGCACCCCUCCCUUGGCCCAGAUACCCCCAACCUUGCAGGGUACCCCCCCCGUACCCCCCUGCAUGGCUACCCUCACCCUGGGCACCCCAACUUUGCUGGAUACCCCCUUUCGGGUACCACCCCCCCACCCCCACCCCGCAUGGCCACCCUCACCCUGGGCACACCGACCUUGCACGGGUACCCUGACUCCGGGUACCCCCUACCCGCUCACGGGUACCCCCCCCGGGGACCCCCGUACUUGCAGGGUACCCCCACCCCAGGUACUCCCCCAGGUACCCCCGUAGUCGCAGGGGACCCACCCGGGUACCCCCAUCCUUGCACGGGUACCCCCCUGGGUACCCCCCCUUGCAGGGUACUGCCCCCCCGGGUACCCCUAGUCUGUGCACGGGUACCCCUCUGGGCACCUGGGCGGUCUCACCCCCGGGUCCCCCCAUCCCUGCGCCCCUUCCCCUCUCCGGGGGCUCUCCCAAAUCCCCCGGCCCCCCCAACUCGAGAGGGGGAGCCCCUACUCCCCCCGCUGGGGGGCGCCCUUCUUUCCCCGGGGGCUGCCCCCCUCCCCCAGAUUCCUCCUUCUGAGGGGCUGCCCCGCCUCCCCCGCCGGGGGGCGCCCUUCCCCGAGAGCACAACCCGGCCCCGCCGGGCCCCUCCCCCCGCUCCAUCUCCCCUCUCCUCCCCCCCCACCCGGUUUUGGAGCGGGCCCCCCCCGCGGGCCACUCCCCCCCCCCCCUCCCCAUCCCCCUCCUCCCCCCCCACGAUGCCAAAGUCUUGUCACUUUUGGGAGGGACUGAAGGGAGGCGGGGGAGGGGAGGGGGCUGGAGGGGGAGGGGCCCCU